AUGGAAGGAGUUUCUUUCCUCUCCACUAUUCCUUCCUUCACCAACAUCAACCAUCGUCAACAUCUCACACCUUCUUCUUCUCAUCGCUUUGUUCUCAUUCGAUGUUGCAAGAUCGAUCCUCAAGUUUCCGACAACACUUUAGCUUUGCGCCGGCGGGAUGUUCUCAAACUCGCCGGCACUGCUGUCGGAAUGGAAUUAAUAGGUAACGGUUUCAUUAACCAUGUGGACGAUGCAAAAGCUGCUGAUCUGAAUCAGCGUAGACAGCGAUCUGAGUUCCAAUCAAAGAUCAAGCUUACACUUUCGAAAGCGGUUAAGGCUAAACCGGAGCUUGUACCUUCUUUACUUACUCUAGCACUAAAUGAUGCUAUGACUUAUGAUAAGGCUACAAAAUCUGGUGGAGCCAAUGGAUCCAUACGGUUCAGGUACUUGUUUCUCUUUAAAUCAUUGUUCUAUGCGAAUGCAAUCAGAAACCUUAGGCUUGAUUUUGUCUUUACAUGUAGCUCUGAGAUAAGCAGAGCAGAGAACGCUGGGCUUUCUGAUGGGUUAGCUCUCAUAGAGGAAGCCAAGAAAGAGAUUGACUCGUUCUCAAAGGGUGGACCUAUUUCAUAUGCAGAUCUCAUUCAAUUGGCAGGGCAAGCAGCGGUGAAGGCUACAUUUUUAGCAUCAGCAAUCCGAAAAUGUGGUGGAAAUGAAGAGAAAGGGAACUUACUAUACACAGCAUAUGGUUCAAGUGGUCAGUGGGGUUUGUUUGAUAGACAAUUUGGAAGGAGUGAUGCAACAGAGGCAGAUCCGGAAGGAAGGAUCCCAUUAUGGGGAAAAGCAACUGUGCAAGAGAUGAAAGAUAAGUUCAUUGCCAUUGGAUUGGGUCCUCGUCAGUUAGCUGUAAUGUCCGCCUUCUUGGGUCCUGAUCAAGCAGCAACAGAAGAGCUCUUAGCUAGCGACCCGCAAGUUGCACCAUGGGUUCAGAAGUACCAACGAAGCCGUGAAACCGUAUCUCAGACAGAUUACGAGGUUGAUCUGAUAACUGCAUUGACAAAGCUAAGUGGUCUAGGACAGCAAAUCAACUAUGAGGCGUACACAUAUCCUGUCGAGCGGAUCAAUCUAAGCAAACUCAAGCUAUGA